GAGGACAGAGAAUUCUUGAAGGAGGUUAACGAAGGAAUUAUCAGGAGGCUGAAGUUGGGGAUAAUACAUAAGGCCAGAAAAUCCAGCAGAUUUCACACUAAAAUUCAGUUUGAGAGUCCAGACGUCCUUGUGUUGUCACUUUUUUAAAACCCCCGGAGUGUGUUUCUGUCAGAGGCGUCUCGAGCAUCAGUGUCAGAAUGUGUUCGGGCAGUUUUGCCAAGUGUUUGGGGAUCACCCUGAUUCCUCUCGCGAUCGCGUGCGUGCUGUGCAACAUCCUGCUCUUCUUCCCCAGCGGGGAGUCUGUGGACAGAGACAACAUCACAGAGGAGGUCUGGUACUUCGGAGGCAUCCUGGGAUCUGGAGUGUUGAUGAUCUUCCCAGCACUGGUCUUCCUGGGCCUGAAGAACAAUGACUGCUGCGGUUGCUGUGGCAACGAGAGCUGUGGACGGAGCUUUGCGAUGCUGAGCUCCAUGCUGUUUGCAGCUGUGGGGGUUUUGGGGGCUGGUUACUCAGUUAUCGUUUCUUCCGUGGCCCUCAGCCAUGGACCUAAGUGUGGGACAGCCACCAACGUGACAAAUUGGGUGUAUCCCUUCUCCAAUGGAGACUACCUGUCCAACAAAGACAUCUGGUCGCUGUGUGUAGAGCCGGCCGGCGUGGUGUCCUGGCAUCUGUCCCUGUUCUCCGUGCUGCUGGUCAUGGGUCUAAUCCAGGCGGUGCUGUGUGGCGUGCAGGUGCUGAACGGCCUGCUGGGAGCUCUGUGUGGGGGCUGUGGCUGCUGCGGAGGGCAAGUGCAGUUCAAAAUGAGUGUAAGGUCGGGGAAACAGUUGGAGUCUGAAGAACAGUUCAUCCAAAGCUCCACAGCCAACACUGCACUUACUACUGACGUCCUCAAAAAUAUGGCCGUCAAGUUUGAAGUUGAACUUGAGCGGUGA